GUCAAACAAACGGAAACCGAGGAGUAGUGUUUUCAUAGACAGAUUCAUUUAUUAAACCCACCCUGCAUUCGGCGGCAGGGCCCCGGCGCCGGAGCCUUCUGUUUCAGGGGGGAAUGGAAGUAUCCGGUCACUAUUUCCAAAAAUACAAGCAGUUUCAAAAUAGUGUUUAUGUGCGAACUUAUUUUCCAAAAUCAUCUCAGCGUUGCUUCUUCUCAUCACCUCCGCCCUCAUAUUCUUCAUCUCUUCAAAAAGUACCCGUCCAUGAGAUUGAAGCCGAGAUCACUCCAAUAUCAAGCCCACUCUACAAUUUUCUGCCGGAUACAGAAAAUCCUUACAAAACAGUCGGCCUCGUAUGUUCUUCCUUAAAGCAGAGAAACCUAAGAGGCGCCAGCCUAAGAGAGGAGCUUUCUAGUCGCGUCUUAACAAGCUCCGAGAUCUCAAAGGUCCUCUUGCGAUGCCAAUCCGAUUCUCACGCCGCUCUUUCCUUCUUCGAUUGGACCAGAAGCAUCAACGGCACUAGUAACAGACUCUAUCCCAGCUUGUCCAGCUGACCACCACGGCGGCAAAGGGGGAUUCUGUUUUCAAUGGCUUGAUCGAUGGUACCAGGAUGUGCAACUGGAGUCCUGUGGUGUUUGAUAUGCUUAUUAGGGUUUACAUCAGGGCUGGAAUGCUAAAACGUGGAUUUAAGACAUUUCAAAAUGUCAUCAGAAUGGGCGUUUCGCCCAAUGUCAUCACAAUCAAUAUCCUCUUGAAUGCUCUCUCCCAGGCAAAUCAUUUUUCCAAUUGCAGGAAAGUGUAUGCCCAAAUGGAGAGAAUUGGGGUGAGCCCGAACUCAUGCACUCUCAACAUCAUGAUUCAUUCCCUCUGCAAGAGUGGGGAUGUGGACAUGGUGGAUGGUUUUCUUGAAAGAAUGGAAGAAGAAGAAGGAUUAGGACCCGAUAUCAUUACCUAUAACAUGUUAGUUGACAGUUAUUGCAAGAGAGGGCGGCUAAAAGAUGCAGUUUAUCUGUAUUACAUUAUGUACAAAAGAGGAGUGCCCCCCGAUUUAAUAACCUAUACUUCCUUGAUUAGUGGUUUCUGCAAGGGAGGAAAUGUCAAAGAUGCUCAUCAGUUAUUCCUCAGAAUGAUCCAUAGAGGUUUCAAACCAGAUUCUAUUUCGUACAACACUCUUUUGCAUGGAUACUGCAAAGAAGGAAUGCUGCAUGAGGCCAAGGCUUUGUUUCAUGAUAUGAUUCAAAAUGGAGUGGGCCCUGACAAUUUCAGUUUGCGGAAACUACUAGAAGGAUAUAGGGAACAUGGGAAAAUUAUCUCAGCCUUGAAUUUGAUUUUGGAGCUCCCGAAGUUUGGGCUUUUAAUAUCUCAUGAGAUACAUGAGUACGUGAUCGUAGCUCUGUGCGCAGAUAAUAGACCAUAUGCCGCCAAGAAUAUGUUGGACCAUAUAUCUAAAAAAGGGUUUGAACCAAACACGGUAAUAUACAGAGAGCUAAUUGUUUCUUUUUGCAAUUGCAACUAUGUGGAUGAGGCACUGUGUUUGAGAGACGAGAUGGUGGGUAAAAAGUUCAAGCUCUGUUUGGAUUCAUACAGAGCGAUCAUUAAUGGUUUGUGUGUAUCAAGUCGAAAUCUAGAGGCAAAUUCCAUCUUGCAAGAAAUGAUUGAUUCGGGGUUGGAACCAGACACUGAAAUUUGCAGAGCUUUGAUUACAGGACAAUGUGAUGAUAAGAACUUUGAUGAAGCGCGGUUCUUACUAAGACGCUUUGCUGAAAAUUUUCAAGUUUUUGAUUCAGUUUGUUAUAACAAAGUUGCAUAUCUUCUUGGUGAGAAAGGCAAUGUUGGUGAGUUAAUGGAAUUUCAAGAGAAAAUGAUGAAAAUGGGGUUUACACCGAGUCAACUGACUUGCAAAUAUGUUGUUGGUGGACUCCACAAAGCUAUGAAGUUUCACAAGCACUAGCAUCACGAUCCACAGCUGGUCAAUCAUUUAUGCUCCUUAAGCAUCAUACUUCUUCUACCUUGUGUGACCUUAGGCCUUCAACACUAUUCUGUGGGUCAAAUCCCUAACCUAGUAAGGUUUCAUAUAGGCCUUGAUUCUUGACAGAAGCAGUCAACUGCUUGAGCUGAUGCAAGUUUGGUGCUUGCUCUUUCCGCCACAUUAUAUGUUCCUCUCUCCAUUCCACAAUCAAAUUCUCACUUUUCCGUUUGAGAUGUCCCAAAAAGUUUGGUGCUUGCGCUUUCUGCCACAUUAUAUGUUCCUCCCUCUAUUCCACAAUCAAAUUCUCACUUUUCUGUUUGAGAUGUCCCAAAACCAAGUUGGUACUUCUCUUUUUGGUACUAUUCGAAUGGUAAAGUACACUUUUACCCAUAUUCACUAAGAUCUCCAAAAAUUUACAUGAGAGAGGUAUAUGCAUUUUUUGUUCAGAACCGGAAUCGAAAGCUUUGAUUCCGGAAUUGCAAUUAAAGGAACCCGAAACAAACCGGUUGUAUAAUAUUUGGUUUAAGUUUGUUGGAGACGAAACCAAAUUUGUUAAAGUAGGGGUGGGCAAAUCAGUUUGCAGUUCGGUUUUAACCGGUUUCGGCCCAGUUUCGGUUUAUUCUAUUUGAGAGAUAUUGUACCUAACUAAAAUCAUUUAUGUUUCGGUUUGGUUAGGUUUGGUUUCGGUUCGGAUUCGAUUUGGUUUUGUUUAAAGUUCAGAAUACCAAAGUGAAAAUUAUUAGGUUCAAUUUAGUUCGAUUUGAUUCGAUUUCAUAUGUUUUUUAUUUUAUUUGAUCAAGUUCUAUAUUUUAGAAAUAGAACAUUAAAAUUGUAGUCUAUCUCAUCUUCUUUUAUUUAUUAUUACUCCGUAUUUAAGUAAAAUGUGAAGGGAAGUAAAAGAUAAAAAAAAAAAUUAUAGUAGUACGUAACUUAGUCAUGUUCAAUUUAUACACUAAAAUGACCAUGUCACUAUACUAUAAUAACUAUUAGUCAUAAUUUUAAAUAGAUUUUAUUUCAAUGAUAUUUUUGAACGCGUGAUUAUUAAAUUCAGCAACAUAAGUCAACAAGAGUGAUAUUUAAAUACAGUAUUUUUUAAAGUUGAGGUGCGUGAUUGUUUAUUAAUAGGAGCUUAACUAAUUUUUUGGUUAUACAGUAUAUGAGAAGAGCGGAGAAGAUUGAUUCUCGUAAUAACCAAUCACAUUUGCAAAAGUGAAAGUACCUAAAUGAUUCUUGAGCCCGCCCACCUUUUCCCCUCUUUGCAUUUUCUUUAUUUUUGGCAUCAACACCCUCUUUGCAUUCUCUUGUAUGUACUAUUAUUUCAUCAAUCUCAGAUACCAGGCCACUCUAAAACACAAGUUUAAUAUGUAUGAGGCUAUGCACAAACCCCAUAAACUUGACUAAGUUUGCUUUGGAGUGGAAUUGGUUAUUCUUUAUGGUCUUGUGCGGGCACAUAUAUAAAAAGUCCGUUGCUGGAAACAGAAAAAUUAUUUGGCAUUGGCAAAAUGGUGAUAAAAUCACAUGCCACAUUUAACAUGAAGAGACUUAUAGUGAGUAUCAUGGUAGGUGCCACUUUUGGAUUCUUUCUUGGUGUCUCAUAUCCAACUCUAACCUCAAAUAAGCACAGUGUUAGGACCACAAGUCUCACUAACAAUAUACUUUUGCCAACUCCAGACUAUGGAAUUUCACCUACAGAAUGUAAUGACACUACACAAAGCCAAAAUCUAACAGAUUCUACACGGGACCUAGCGAGCAAACCCAAGUAUCUGGUGACAUUCACCGUAGGCUAUAACCAGAAGAAGAUCAUUGACGCUGCAGUGAAGAAGUUUUCGGACAAUUUUACCAUCCUUCUGUUUCACUACGACGGACGAACCUCUGAGUGGGAUGAAUUUGAGUGGUCAAAGAAUGUCAUUCAUGUGACCGCUAAUGAACAGACAAAAUGGUGGUAUGCAAAAAGGUUUCUGCAUCCUGACAUUGUUUCACCAUAUGAUUAUAUAUUUAUCUGGGAUGAAGACAUUGGUGUUGAUCAUUUUGAUGCUGAGGAAUACAUUAAACUUGUGAAGAAACAUGGGCUGGAAAUUUCACAGCCGGCUUUGGAGUCCUACAAAGAUGUUGGGAUAACAUGGCAAAUGACAAGGCAGAUAAAAGGCAACAGUGAAGUUCACAAAGAAACAAAAGAGAGAGCAGGCUGGUGUUGGGACCUUCAUCAGCCUCCAUGUGCAGCAUUUGUGGAGAUCAUGGCACCUGUCUUCUCUAGAAAUGCAUGGCGCUGCGUGUGGCAUAUGAUUCAGAAUGACUUGGUCCAUGGUUGGGGUCUUGACUUCGCACUUCAAAGAUGUGUUGAGCCACCGGCAAUCGAGAAGAUCGGAGUUGUUGAUGCUCAACCGAUUGUUCAUCAAGGCAUACCUUCCCUUUCGGGGAACAUUGAUGAUGAGAAGUCUAAUCGGAGAGAGGUGAAAGAAAGGAGUAGAAGAGAGUGGAAAAUGUUUCAGGAUAGGAUAGAAAAUGCAGAGAAGACAUAUUAUAAGGAAUUUGGAGUAGGACCUUCUAAUUGCACAGCUCACCGAUCACACCACUAGUAUACAUAUAUCAUAUGUACUACAGGCUGCAAUCUCCUGCAUUUUUUUGUACUUGAUAAACUCGUCUAUUACUUGGUACUCCGUGUUUUAGUUGAAAAAAUACAAUCACAAAAGUACAAUAAGGAUUAUUUGCUCGCAAAGAAGCAGAACUACUAUGAAACACCAUUUCUUAGAUCACAAA